AUUCUGAAAAAGGGUGAUAGGUGCAGAGGAGUUUCCGUUGAGUUAUCCAUUCUCAUCCCCUCUCCGAGAUUUCUCUUUCUAGAUUUUCUCUAUUCACUCGCACAAAUUAGGGUUUUUGCGAAUCUUUAUUUCUUGAAUUUGAAUCCAUCAGUUCAGCCAUGGUUUCUGAUUCAAUCCCCACCGCUCCGAUUCCUUCAGCCGCGAACACAAAAAAUUUGGGCAAGAAGAAGAGGACCAACAGGUCGGCUAAAUUGAAGCAGUGCAAGAUAGAUGCUCGGCGAGAGCAAUGGCUCUCUCAAGGUGUGGUCAAGAGUAAAGGACGCAAGGACGUGGGGGACAAUAAUCACGCGCCACCAAUGCCUGCUGGAGAGGAUAGCAAACGUUCACUGGAGGAAUUGGAAAUGAGGCCUAGAGGCGAAGAUAAUGACGGAUCUGUCCAUCAAGACAGCGAUAUCGAAUCGCCAUCCAAUAGUCCCACCAGUGUUAAUAGCAGCGGGUUGGGUAGUAAUAAUUCCGGAACACAUUUCACUGGCAGCAGCAGCAGCAGUGCCGGAUGCUGCUCUGGGAACAUUACAGAAGAGGAAGAAGAGGGUGAUGAUGGAUGCUUUGAUGAUUGGGAGGCCGUGGCAGAUGCUUUAGCCGCCAAUGAGAAGCAUCAAAACCCGUGUUCGGAGUCGCCACAGGAACAAGAAACUACUGCGCAAAUUGUUUCUCCUGCUGAAAUAGCAAAUGGGUCAAGUUUAGGAGUGCAGAAUCUCCAACCUGAGAGUGCUAGGUUAAUUUCGCAGGUGCCUGGUAAUACCCGAGCUUGGAGGCCUGAUGAUGCUUUUCGCCCUCAGAGUUUGCCCAAUCUGUCAAAGCAGUUCAGUUUACCCAAUCCCGACAGGCGAUGUGGAGGAGGGAUUGCGUGGGCUCGUACUGCUGCGCCUCAUUCUUGUCCUAUAUGUUGCGAGGAUCUGGAUUUGACGGACUCAAGUUUUUUACCUUGCCCUUGUGGGUUCCGGCUUUGCCUUUUUUGCCAUAAGAGAAUUCUUGAGGAAGAUGGCCGCUGUCCUGGGUGCAGGAAAACUUAUGAGUGCGAACCUAUUGAAACAGAGGCAAGCGUGUACGGAGGCAGCUUGACUCUUCGGUUGGCUCGUUCUUGUAGCAUGAUCGAAAGGUCGUAAGAGUAUAUGUCUCUGUCUUCUUGAUUUGUGUAUUUUGGGUCUACUUUUUGCAUCCUUGCAUGGUCUGUAUUCCUAUAUUUUUUUAGGCGUAGUUGGCGUAGUUUUAUGAAUUUUGAUCACCAUGGAAUCAAGCUUUUUCUCAUUUGGAGUUUGAUUUUGCAUGUGUUGAUGUAGAAUACUCAGAUUCGUAUGUGAAUAGAUAAGUUGAUAUAAAAAUUCUA